AUGCUCCUCUUACUCUGCCUGGUCGUCUUCUUCUCUGUCGGCUUUUCCAUGGAGCUGAACCAGUCCUCCAAGCUGCUGGCGGAGAGUGGAGAACAGUGCUCGGCCUGCGACUUCCGAGAGCACAGCAAACAGAUGAGGCUCCACAGCAUCAAGUCCCAGAUCCUCAGCAUCCUGAGACUGGAGCAGGCGCCCAACAUCAGCCGGGACAUGAUCCGCCAGCUGCUCCCCAAGGCGCCUCCUCUGACGCAGCUCCUGGACCAGUACGACCCGCGGGUGGAGGACGAGGACCACGCCACGACGGAGACCAUCAUCACCAUGGCCACCAAGCCCAACCCGGUCUCCCAGGACGAGCUGUCCUCCUUCUGUCUCUUCAGCCUCAGUCCAAAGAUCCAGCCGAAGAACAUCCUGAGCGCUCAGCUGUGGGUUCACCUGCGACCGGCAGACGUGGUCACCAGCGUCUUCCUGCACAUCUCCCGCCUCAAACCGGGUGAGGAGGGAAACAACACCCGUGUCAGAGUCCGCUCCCUGAAGAUCGACACUGACGCCGGCGCCGGCUCCUGGCAGAGCAUCGACAUCAAGUCUCUGCUGCAGACCUGGCUGAGACAACCGGAGACCACCUACGGGAUCGAGAUCAACGCCUUCAACUCCAGAGGAGAAGAUCUGGCUGUGACCUCAGCAGAGCCUGGAGAGGAAGGACUGCAACCUUUCAUCGAAGUAAAGAUCCUCGACAGUCCAAAGAGAUCCCGCCGUGAUUCAGGCCUCAACUGUGACGAAGAGUCUGCGGAGACACGAUGCUGCCGCUACCCGCUCACUGUCGACUUCGAGGAGUUCGGCUGGGACUGGAUCAUCGCACCCAAACGCUACCGGGCCAACUACUGCUCAGGGGAGUGUGAGUUCAUGCACCUGCAGCAGUACCCUCAUGCACACCUGGUGAACAAAGCCAACCCACGAGGCUCCGCGGGGCCCUGCUGCACGCCCACUAAGAUGUCGCCCAUCAACAUGCUCUACUUCAACAGAAAGGAGCAGAUCAUCUACGGAAAGAUCCCGUCCAUGGUGGUCGACCACUGCGGCUGCUCGUGAGGGAAACAUCCUGCAGGACUAUAGGUGUCAUCAUCACGUCGUUGAUUUCAGCAAA